AUGGCGAGAACUAGAAAUGGUGGUUCUGCAGGUUGUUCCAUACCACAUGUAUCAUCGACCGUAUCUGCUCGUAUAGCGCAUGAAACUCAUGUUGUGCAGUCACCAUUGCAACAGUCACCACAUCAAACUUAUUUAAGAUUAGUGAAGAGGAAAAGAAGCGAGAGACGACACACUCGUAAAGGUGCAUACUCCACCACUUCCAUAAAAGCACUUCCAAGAGACUCGUUGAUAGAGGUGGUUGCAACUGUGGCUGCACACUCCUUCAUCGAUCUUCACAACAUUAAAUUGUGUUGCAAAGAUUUUCUUGACACUGCUGAAGAUAACUAUGUUUGGGAAAGAGUCUCCCUGGAUACGUUUCCCUUAAUCCAGUGGCUUCCUAAUGACAAAGCAACAUCCUUCUUGAACCGUUGCAUGGAGUGUGGAAACAUAGAUAGUUUGUAUAGAGAAGGGUUGCGAAAAUAUUUUGAUUAUCCAAAUGGAAAGAUUGACGAUGGUCUUGGGAUCUUGAAGGUAGCUGCUGAAAAGGGUCACAAUGAGGCAAAAUAUGUGUGUGGUAUGAUUUCAUUGUGCUCUGAAGAUAAUGAGGUGAAAAAACAAGGACUUAAGUAUAUGCAUUUCUUAAGAAAGUUGAAGUGUGUUGUAAACUGUAGAAAGAAAGUGAAGCAAUUAUUGAAAUCUGUGUGGAAAAAUAAUGUUGUGCUAGUUCGCAAUUCGCACCCUCUAUGCAACGUUAAUAGUACAUGCAAAGGGUGGAGGGUGAAGAAAGAUAGAUGGGUGUUGCUUGAUGAUGAUGAUGAUGACAUGAGCUUAUGCGAGUAUUGUAGAUGGGACCAUGAGCUCGAGUUUUUUUAUCGGUUGUUCAACAUCUAA